AACCUCUCGCGCCCUGUCACGUGGGCGCCUCGGCUGAUGACACGCGGCGCUGCGUGAGCUACGUGAACAGUUCGGACUUCCGCACUCUAGCAUGAACAGGACAACAGCGUGCUGCUGAGGUGUUUACACGAUAAAAAGAACAAGAUUCAGACAAAAUGUCAGACUCUGAUUCUGACUGUGAAUGGGAGGACCAGCUGACUCCUAAACGAAUAAGGAAAUUUGACCAGAUUCUCACCCUGCGUCCACCAUUGGAGGUGUUUGAGCGAUGGAUUCGUGUUCCUCCUGAGACCAGAAAAGAUGCCGGGCGGCGAAUGAGAAUUUGUGUCUUCUGGCUUCCAAUUCUGCUGCAACGUGAAGAGUACAGCGCCAUUUUUUGCUGGGCUUUACAAUUGGGUCUGAUCCCACACAACAAUGAACUAGGUCUGAAUAACCUGCAGAAGAUCUCAACAGUGGAGACGAUUCUCAGAGCCCUGGAGAAAGGAACCGUGGAAAAGGACCGGACUAAACAGGUUGUGAAGAUAAGCAACUUGUUAAACUUGCGUUCCGAUGGAGGUUUGGAAGAAGCAUUGCGGUGGUUGGAGCUGACCGGGGAACCCUACGUUUCACAACGCGUCCGGAUUAUGGGCGACGAGAGAGCGCGCCACACCACCAUGCUCUUCAUCUACACAGAGUUUGCGAAGUACAUUCAUGAAAUGGGAACCGACUUGGAAAAGACGCUGAGGUCACUGAUGUCUCGACCAUCCACCCAUCUAAUAAUGCAAAGUGACGAAAUGAAGAAGAAAGGAAACGAAAACUUUGAGAAAAAGCAGUAUGAGGACGCUGUUCUCUUUUAUUCCAAAGCCAUCCAAUAUUACCCCGACAACCACAUAGCUUAUGGAAACAGAGCGUUAUGCUAUAUUCGGUGCCACAAAUAUCUAAAAGCGGCUUGUGAUGGAAAAAGUGCUACUCUGAUAGAACCGUUCUGGGCCAAGGGUCACUACCGCUACUGUGAGGCUCUGUGCUCCAUGGGAGAGGUCAGGAUGGCCAUCGAGGCAAACGCCACGGCCCAGAGUCUCUGUAAAGACGACCACAAGGGAAUGAAAGACUUGGAACAACAACGCCUGAAGUUCCGUGACGCGCUGAGCGCCAACGUUUCACAGACUAUGAAAAAAAAAAACGGUAAAAGAACGCAGAGCCCUAACAAAACUCCAUGGCCACCGUUUGUGAAAGUCGAUAAAAAGAAUGAUCCUCCUCCGCAGACCAAGGUUCCCGAGGUCAAACCGGAAGUGAGACAAAAAAAUGAAAAGCCUGCACAGUCAGAAAGCUCUAAGAACCCAAAACCAUCUAAAAGUGAGCUUUCUUCAAAGAUUGGGAAAUCAGUGGCCAGCUCACCAAAGAAGAUACCAAAGAUGAAAAAGGAACCUGAAGAAGAGCAGAAGCAGAAGCGGACGCCGUUCGAUAAGGCGGCCGUGUGCAAAGAGUUGAGAUCGAUGGUGCAGGACGCGCACGCGGCUCUGGCUGACCUACGCAGCCGCAACGCAGAGGAGGCCUUCAGGAAGGCACUGGUCCUACUGGAAACCAGCCCAGCCAAGGAGCUCGGCCUUUCCACCCUGGACGUGCUGUUGCUGCUGUACGGCCGCGCGUUGGCUCUGACGGAAAUCGGCCAGCUUGAGGAACUUGUGGAAGCUCAAACGCUUCUGGAGAAGAUCAAGUCGUUUGAGGAGAGGACGUUCCAGUGUCUAGUUUUCUACGCUGUGGGGAAGGUGUUCCUCCGAGAGAACCGGUUUUCUCUCGCUCUGGCGCAGUUUUCAGAUUCCCUGCAGACGGUAAAGAAUAAAAUAACACCGGGUAAACUCACCUGGCCUUUAACGAAGGAGAUUGUCAAAGAGACACAGCCGGAGUAUUUAACAGAAGUUCUAGAGCAGGCUAUAGAGUUGUGCAAAUUCCCUCCUAUUCCCGAUGCCAUUUGUCGACUAGAGAAAUGCCUCGUUCCGCUGAAAGCUGAAAUCUACCUGACCGACCCAGAUUUUAAGGGCUACAUUCGAAUAUGUUGCUGUGAGAGCUGCAUUCUUGAAUACCACACGGCCUGCUGGAAGAGCCUCAAGACGGCCUUCUCUGACAAAAAUGAAAAGGAUUUUCUGAAAGAGUCGUGUUUUACUCCAGAUUGUUUUGGUAAAAUCUGUAAGAUCCAACUCUUUCGUCCGACGGGGCUGUUGAAGUGCGAGUUUGUAGCUGCCAUCUCUAAACCACUGAUUCCGAAGAAGCCCAAACUUAAUCAGAAAUGCUCGAGUCCAAGGAAGUUAAAAUCAAAAGAGGAGCACAAGCUCACGAGGAAGCAGCAUAAGCUGUCAUUUCAAGAAAAGCAGGCGAUAAACGACGAGAUUCUGCAGCAGAUGGAAGACCCAGCGACCCACAGUCAACAGAAAGCCUGGCGGCUGUACAGGGAUCCAGUUCUCCUGCAGACCAGCCAGAACGUGGAGCUGCUGAGGGAGGAGAAGUGCCUCCACGUGUCCGACCUGGCGGCCGCCCUGAGGCCCUGGCUGGAACUGGACUCCUCCAGGGGAAACCAUGUCGCGGAGAGGAUGCUGAACCUGCAGCAGGAGCCGCUGGCGACUCUGAGGCAGGCGGUCGAUUUGCUGCUGGAGCGGAAGAAUCGCGUCUGGGCUCGUGUCCUUAUACACCUACUCAGUGACUGUGAGGAUAUGAAUCCCAAACUCAGCAGAUGGGUGAUCCAGCUCAACAACGCAGGUCUGAACGCUGCGAGAUCCUUCAUCGAGCGCCACGCGGAGCACUUGGAGCAGCUGGAUUUGUCUUUUCUGCUCAACUUUGGCCCGUUGCAGGACGCGAUUAUAGAGAAGUUCGGCACGAGGACGGAGCUUUUUUCAAGCAGCGUGACGGUGACUGAGCACCUGAAACAAGCCCCACCACAUGACAUGAGACUCUUUAUCUGGACUCUGGAGGAGCAUAGGGACAAAUAUCUCACCUGCCACCAAAUACUGGAUGACUAUUUUGAUAUGGAUGGACAUUGUUCAGUCAUAAAAAAGUCUGAAAAUGAAAAUAAAUCUCCUAUGAAGAGUCGAGGCCGGAAAAAGAAAGCCAAAGAGCCGCGGGCCUAUUACGUUUUCCCCGGGACGAGAGCUUCAACUCCGGCCGAUGAACAAGAUUUAUUUGAAGAUGAUUCUUUAUCGUUCCUUCACCCGGGGGAUCCGUUCAGUGUACCGAGUCACCUUCGAGAGGAAGUGGCUGAUUUUGAGGAGCAGUACAACAGCAGGAGACACGGAGGUCACUAUAAAAUGAUUCUAGACAACAACCCUGACCCGACAAAAGAGAGUUUGUACGACUAUUUCGCUCUGAUCUUGGAGGAGCACGGCCCGCUGGAGGCCGAGGACCCCCUGCUGUCCGGCGAGCUGGUGAACUUCCCCGCCGUGGCUCAGCUGAAGAUGCAGGAGGCGGGCGGCUUCGAGUCCUUCCUUCUGGAAUCCCUCCGCUUCAUUAAGAUCGGGAGCCACGUGGGCCUGAUGAAGCACGCCAUGUGCCUGCAGCAGCAGGCGCCGCAGGGAGCCAGUCUGGACGACUUGGAUGUAAUAACGGAUCCCGGCUCGGUCUCUCUGGGUCCUUACUUGAACGGGGGGCUUGAAUCUGCUCUCGAAAGCCACUUGGACAGUUAUUUUCCGGCACAAACUGACGUUCAUCCCUUCGUGCCAAAUCCUUAUGUAAUAAGCUCCCAGGCGCCUCCGCGGGAGCUUCUCCCCCCUUACGUUUUAGCCACUGACUACGGGGAGCUGGAUCUGGAGCUGGAUGGCGGACCUUCAGAAAUGUCCUCGGUGACAACCAAUGAUGGCUUAUUGAAGAAACAUGUACACGUACAGACGUGUCACGAGAACAUGAGGGGUGUGGCGGUGAACACGGAGAUGUACGAGCGCUUUGAGAGCUGCCCGGGUGACAUCAACAUGAAGCAAAAGAACUACAGGAAGUUGGAGAAGCAGAUCAAGAAAAUGCUGAACGGCUGUGACAGAGUCAACCAGAGACACAACGAAGACAUCGCCGUCCUCGAGGAGGAUAUUCAGGAAAUCAAAGCCAAUAUUCAAGUGACCAACAGGGAGCUGGCUCUGUUCCAGCAGAAGCUUGAAGAGGAGGUGAGGAAGGACCAGAAGGAGAAGAAGGCCUACCAGGAAGGACUGAGGGCCUUGAAGAUGGAGAUUGAAGAGCUGGGGGAGCAACAGGGGAGACUUUCCCAAAGCCUCCAGGAGAGGAAAGCCAACUUCGACUUAAAGCUGAGUGAUUUCCUUGAGUAUAGCAAUCAGUCAGCAGCCGAGAAGAUGAGCAUGGAGGAGGAGAUCAAUCGCUGUAAGGCCUUGGUUACCGCGGCGACCAGGAGGUGUCAGACCGCUAAGGUGUGGAUGGUGGAGAGCAGCCGGGAUCAGGCCGUGUACGCUCUGUACACGGACCUCGCCAUCGCCAAGGCUCUGCUCAACAAACUGGACGAAGCGGCUCAGAGAUACCCAGAGAUGGAAGUGGCUAGAAACAUCUGGAGAGUGAAUGUCCAAGAGGUUGAGAAGAAAAUCUCCAGUGCUGAGGCGCUUUAUCAGGAGCAGCUGGAUCAAGUGAACAGCGGCAGAAGACUCACUGAAUGGGCUCCGCCCGCAGUCGACGGCCAGUCGGACUCUCCAGCUGCACCAUCCGCGGCAGCCGCCCCUCCGUCUGAAGCGGCGUCCGCUCAGGCUCCGCCUCCGCUCCGACCCGCGUCCAGGACUGUGGAGCCGCAACACAACACGGUGUUUGACCAGUCGGUUGAGCGCCUUGCCGCCAUCUUCCCCGCUUACACAAGGUCGGACUUCAUGAGGUUUGUCCAGGAGUUCCGUUCGUCCCGCGGUGGUAACCUUAGCAACAUGACCAUUCAGGAAAUGGUCGGCGGAGUGACUCAGCUGAUCCUGGACCAUCAGGAGAAGCCUAAAGCUGCGGCAUCGAACGCGAGGACUCCGUGCACCGCGUGGCCGGGGGUCGCCCCGGUCUGGAAAGCACACGGACAAAAGACCAACGCAGAGAGAAACGUCAUGAGAAGCGAGAGCCCGUCGAAGUACGGCACCCUGUUUCAUGUCCCCCCGGCCUGGCAGCCCCCCGAACAAAAGAGGGACACACCCCCCAACGCACUGAACGUCGAGGAUCCUUGCAUCAUCUGUCACGAGGACAUGAAUCCCGGCAACAUCUGCGUGCUGGAGUGCCGCCACAGCUUCCACGACGAGUGUAUCCGCUCGUGGCUGAAGGAGAAUAGAACCUGUCCCACCUGCAGAGAUCCAGCAAUCAUAAGCGACGAAUUCCCUGCCUUGUCUGCCAGAAGACGCCAAGCUCCGUGAAAACGCGGUCCUGCCGCCCCUCACGUACUCACCCACACGCUUUUAUCUCAUUCCUUUCUUUUAAUCAUAAUCUACAUACGCUAGCUUCUUUUUUCUUGUAUUGUUUGAAUGUUCAGGCGAUGUUUCAACACUUAAUAAUGAUAAUAAACUAAACAUCUGGUGUUUGACAUCGUCUCAGUCAGAUCUUUGUCACACCUCAGAUGGUCCAGAGUUUACAAUUUAUUAUUUCGGAUCUUUUAAAAUUGGCUCUGGAAUGUGUCGAACCGACUUGACCACUACUUAUUCCAUUUUCAUGUUUAACUUUAUAAUGUACCAUGGUAAGACUGUUAAUCAUUAUCAGUCUAUACAAUUACUUUUUCCCCCAAAAUGACUUGAUAAAAUAAGUUUGAAAGAUUUCUUUAGUCUCUGUAUAGUAUGUUGAAGAACUUUCAUAACUGGAUGUGCAUAAAAUGGCAAAUGUAAUGAGUCAUUAUGCUGAAAAGUUUCAUUAAAAAAGGAAAGCAAACAUGGGGAGUUUAAAACAUUCUGUUCCAUGUAGGUCAUUGCCUGGUAUAAUAUAACAUUAAAAGUCAGUUUAGUAUGUCGAUGUGACUUGUAUCUGCCAGUUGUUUUGUUCUUUAGCUUUCGCGAACACCUUCACAUUUCCAUUACAUGACGGACUCUCUGCAUUAAAUACCUUUGACGAACCGUCACCCAUUGUCUCCAUUCUCCUCAUGGCCUUAAAAUGACAUGGAUAGGGUAAAAAGAACCCGUCUCACUUAGAAUACUUUUACCAUACUAUAGGUAUUCAUAUUAAAAUGAACAAAAAAGGUCUAUAAAGAUUUGCAUGUUUAGUCACGGCAUACAUUCGUUGCAGUGUGACAAAUGAUCUUUUAAAAGCUCAUAAUUGAUUUUAUGGUAAAUCAAAAUUGGUAUAUUACUAUGAAGUCAAAUAAUCCAGAAAAAAGACCUGAUAGCAUGUGGAUGUAUUGUAUGUAAAAAAAUAAAUGUAAAAAUGAG